CGCACAGAAUCCACACGGAACGCCCCAUUCCAUUCGUGGCCAUAUAUCUUCUUCGCCUGCCGUCACCCGUGGUCGCGGGGAGACGACGAAGCUCGAGGGAAAUCAUCCAGCGUAGAAGUUCUCAUCAAUGACGCUCGGUGGCUCCGGUGGAUCCAGCGUCGUCGUUCCUCGGAACUUCAGGUUGCUCGAAGAGCUUGAACGAGGAGAAAAGGGCAUAGGAGAUGGGACCGUAAGCUAUGGCAUGGAUGACGGAGAUGACAUUUACAUGCGCUCCUGGACUGGAACAAUAAUCGGUCCUCAUAAUACCGUCCAUGAGGGUCGGAUCUAUCAGUUGAAGCUGUUCUGCGACAAGGACUAUCCCGAUAAACCACCUAGCGUUCGGUUCCAUUCACGCGUUAACAUGACUUGUGUCAAUCCUGACACAGGAUUGGUAGAUCCAAGGAAAUUUCCGGUUCUGGGCAACUGGCAACGUGAUUACACGAUGGAGUACAUCUUGACACAGCUUAAGAAAGAAAUGGCGGUAUCACAGAACCGGAAAUUGGUCCAGCCUCCCGAAGGCUCCUUCUUUUAGGUCAGUGGAUCGCAAAUCGGGAUGAAAGGUACCUUUCGAGUGUAUGGAUUUUAGGUCAGUGGAUCUUGCCAUUGCAAAUUGGGAUCGAAGGUAGCUGUGUCGAGUAUGGAAUUGAUCGAUGAACAGUGGUUUGUUCAUUCCAUGAUGGAUAUUUGAACUCUGCGUGGUUAUAUAUUAUCGGUGUGGGGUGCGUGCUUUAUUGGAUAUUGUUCAAGAAUAUUGUCAAAGUCAAACAGUAUCUGAAUUAUAUUAGAUGGAGAAUCUGAUUUGAGUUGGGUCA